CUCAACCAUCUUGGUGCCAGGCUCAGGAGGCUGCUCCUCCUGGUGCUAUCUAAUCCUUCCUUUAUAGGUUCUCCACAGGUACCAACUCCAUCAGCUCACUAGCGGAAAACCUUCACGACUGCUCUCACUGCCUCCAAAGAGGUACUUGUAGCCAAUAGCCUCCCUCUAUCUACUUCGCGGUAGUCACCCUGACAACGCCUCAUCACAACCAAUGCCUUCAAAGCUUGAAGUUUCAAUAAGAUCUUGACUGGCAAGGAUUUUAUACAAUGUCUGCUAUUGUUGAACAGGAACCUGAAUUACCUGACCAAGAGCAAGAAGGUGGCAGGAUGGAGCGCAACACCAGCCAAAUUGUUUUGCAUGCGCUGCCGAUGGAAGAGGCUGUCGAUGACAUCAAUGAAACCGCAGCAUUUCUAGUUUCACAGGCAGUCGUGAGAGCCAUUACUGAGGAAGAUUGUGGGCAAGAGGAGAUACGACCUAAAGUUGAGGAGACCUGGCCUCGUGUGGAAGAUGUCUGGUCUCAUAUGGAGGACAUCUGGAGUGAUGCCGAGGAGGUCUGGCCAGACAUUGGCGAGAACUGGUAUAUCUGGAACAGUGACCAGGAGAGUGAUGACCAGGAGCUUCAGGACGAAGUUGGAGACGACCAGGACUACAAUAACGAAGAUGAGGAGGAGGAGGAGGAAGAGGAGGAGGAGGAAGAGGAGGAAGAUGAGGAAGAUGAGAACGACGAGGAUGACGACGAGGAUGAUGACUAUGAAUACGAAGAGGAGAAUGAAGAAGAUCAAGAUGAGAACCAUCAGGGGGAGAAAAUUAUCCUGCGUGCCUAUUGAGGGCAAAAGAAGCCAUGUAUGAAGACAGAAUCAGUGAAUCAGUUUUUUUGUGGAUUUGAGAUCAUCUAACAUUUAUUAACAUAUGAAAAAUUAUCAUCAGUGAUCCUGUUCUAAGUUUUUUCAACCAAAUAUAUUCACUGAAAACUUUCCCCACUG